AUGGGCUACUCCUCAGAAGAUAUUUCUGACCUCGACAAGGCCAAUAACAAAGCCAUGGAGGCUGGGGCCGAGAAGCUUGGUGUUCCCCCUCACUAUGAUGGGGACUUGGUUGGUGAAAUGGAUGAGAGGGAAAGGGAUAUAAUCGAGGAUGGUAUCCAUAAGUUCAGCCGUCUCGGUUGGAAGCGUCUCACCGUUGUGCUUAUUGUGGAGGCCGUUGCCCUCGGAAGUUUGUCCAUUCCUUCUAGUUUCGCGAAGCUUGGUAUGGUGGCUGGUGUCAUCUGUACCGUUGGUUUGGGUCUCGUCGCUGUCUAUACUAGCCACAUUAUCGGUCAAGUGAAGUUGAAGUUCCCACAUGUCGCUCACUACCCCGACGCUGGCCAGCUUAUGUUUGGUCGCUUCGGCAAAGAACUGAUCAACAUUAUGCUCAUCCUGGAACUUCUCUUCCUUACCGGCUCGCAUUGUUUGACUGGUACGAUUGCGUUUGCGAACAUCACCAGCAGUGAUGUCUGCGCCGUUGUUUGGGGAGUCGUGUCUGCUGUGAUUCUGCUACUCCUCGCAGUGCCGCCGAGUUUCACCGAAAUGGCUAUCCUGGGUUACAUCGACUUCGUCUCUAUUAUUGUCGCAAUUGGUAUCACCAUCAUCGGCACCGGUGUCAAGAGUACUAGGGAGAUUGGACUCUCCAAUGUCAAUUGGUCUGCCUGGCCACAGGAAGGCCUCACCUUCACCGACGGUUUCAUUGCAAUCUCCAAUAUUAUCUUCGCCUACAGUUUCGCUCUCUGCCAGUUCUCAUUCAUGGAUGAAAUGCACACCCCUAAGGACUACGUCAAGUCUAUCUGGGCUUUGGGCAUUACCGAGAUUGUUAUCUACACCUUGACUGGUUCGCUGAUCUAUGCCUUUGUUGGUGUUGAUGUGGGUAGCCCCGCCCUGCUUUCCGCUGGUAAUAUGUUGAGCAAAGUGGCCUUCGGUAUCGCCCUUCCCGUUAUUUUCAUCAGUGGUUCUAUCAACACCGUCGUGCUGGGCCGUUUGGUUCAUGGCCGCAUUUUCAAGAACUCUCCUAUCCGAUACAUCAACACCAAGAUGGGAUGGAUUACCUGGUUGGCGGUUAUCACUGUGGCUACCCUUGUCGCUUUUGUUAUUGCCGAAGUUAUCCCCUUCUUCAACGAUCUGCUGUCGAUCUGCUCGGCUUUGUUCGUCUCCGGUUUCACUUUCUACUUCCCCGCCUUGAUGUGGUUCAUUCUCAUCCGCGAGGGCAAAUGGAAUGAGCCCAAGAACCUAGUUCUGGGUACUAUCAAUGUGAUCGUGUUGCUCAUCGGUCUUGUCACGCUUGUCGGUGGCACCUACUCCAGUAUUGAUGAUAUUAUCAUCAACUACCGCGAGGGCAGCGUUAGAGGCGUCUUCUCAUGCAGUCCCCCAGCCUAA